GUGCGCUCGGCGGGCACUCGGGCUGGCGGGGCUCUUUUGUUUGGCGGAGGCGGAUUGCUAGCGGCCGGGCCUGCGGUGCCGCGCGCACCGGAGCGUUACCCGCCCUGCCCAGCCCGGUCCGACCCUGUCCCGCCCCGCCGCGCCCUGCCCGCGCGCUGAGCCGUUUCCCCUCGGGUGCUGUUGGCGGGGCUGUGAAAGCAGCAUCGCCCAUAAGCUGAAAAGCUGGCCAGCACAAUGGGAAAAAAGCAGAACAAGAAGAAAGUGGAAGAAGUCUUAGAGGAAGAGGAGGAGGAGUAUGUGGUAGAGAAGGUUCUGGAUCGGCGGGUGGUGAAAGGCAAAGUGGAGUAUCUGCUGAAGUGGAAAGGCUUCUCAGACGAGGAUAACACAUGGGAGCCAGAGGAGAACCUCGACUGCCCUGACCUCAUUGCAGAGUUCCUCCAAUCCCAGAAGACAGCACACGAGAGUGAGAAAUCGGAGGGGAGCAAACGCAAGGCUGAGUCAGACACGGAGGACAAGGGGGAGGAGAGCAAACCAAAGAAGAAGAAGGAGGAGUUGGAGAAACCGCGAGGCUUUGCCCGGGGAUUUGAACCUGAGCGGAUCAUUGGUGCCACAGAUUCCAGCGGGGAGCUCAUGUUCCUGAUGAAGUGGAAGAACUCUGAUGAAGCUGACCUGGUUCCUGCAAAGGAAGCCAACAUCAAGUGCCCCCAGGUGGUCAUUUCGUUCUACGAGGAGCGGCUCACAUGGCACUCCUACCCCUCUGAGGAUGAUGACAAGAAGGAAGAUAAGAACUAACUCCCUGGCACCCGCUCUGGCCAGUUUUUAUGUAAAGAUCAGACUGUGGGUUUGAGCGCAAGUGAGUGCCGCAGCUCUGCUUGGUUGGGAGCGUGCGUGGAGGUGGCUUGAGAAGAUGCCCUUUGAAGAGACAGUAUGGUUUCUGUGCCCUGCAGUUGCCCAAGUGCUCUAUUCAGCUCCAUGCUGCAAAUGGUUUCAAACCAGCCCAAACAUGGGGUGGGGGGAGGGGGGGGAAUUUUAAAGCUGUUCAUUCUGGGGCUUGCUGGAAAGGAAACAAAGACAAACACACACAAAAAAAUCGCCCUUCCAUGAAGGACUCUCACUGGUGAUGGGUGGGCUGGGGAAAAGGGAGAGCAGAUGGAUACUGCUUGUUCUUCAAAGACCAUCUCAGCAACCCACAGCCUUCUUCCCAAUAGUGUUAACUCUGCAUUUUACGGCGUAGCAUGUGUGUAGUUUUAUUUUUCUUUUACUAUUUACUGGUGUAUCAUUUUGGGGUGGGGGAGGGGAAAUGGGUCUUUUGUUUAAUCUGGGGUGGGGUGGGCAGGGGGAGAUGGUGACAGUGUUCCAGAUCCAUGUCCAGCAUCUUUUUUUUUUUUCUUUUUCUUUUCUUUUCUCUUUCUUUAAAGAAGAAAACAACCUUUUUCUUCACAAAAAACCCCAAGUAUUGGUAACAGAACUAGGGGGCCAGGGACACUGACAUGAGACUGAAGCUGUGAAUGUCCAAAACUCUAGAGCCAAGUUUCUCAAAUGCCUAGAGCGAUUUUUAUGUGUGGAGGGGUAAGGGUGGUGGGCGGUAGGGAGUUAGGGCUUUAUGAAUUGUCUUCAAACAGAACUGCCAGGGUGUUUGACAUGGAAGUGUGUGGGCAGGGUAUGGGGUGGGAGUGGCUAUUGACCCCUUAAAUGCUUGUCUGCCCUUGUUUCUGUUAAAGGUGCUAUUUUUCAAAAUUGGGGGGGGAGAGAUGCUUCCAAUUUCUUGUUGACUUUCUUUUUAAACACAGCGUGAUCGUGUCCAGCCAGCAGCAUCGGGAUCCUUCUCUUUGUACAUAUUUUUUUCUCCCCCUCCAAUUUUAAUCCCAUUCAUUAACAUAGGAGGGAGAUGAAAUCAACAACAGCACAAGCUUAAAUGGAUUCCAAAUUCUCCCGUAGCAAAUGAUUGUUUUAAAAGCCUAAGCGUUGGCCCUGGAGCCAGGUGUGUUGCCCUGAUCCUCUGCUGAACUUUUUUUAAUCAAACAGAUUUAUUAAAAAAAAAAAGAAAGAAAAAAAACUCCCAAACCUCGAAAUAUUUAAAUGUCUGGAGUUGUGAGAGGCCUGACAGACUCUGGGCACCUCCUUGUAGGGUGGUAUGUAUCUAGACUUGCAUUGUACAAACCUUUUUUUAAAAGCAUGUGUUUAGGUUUCUGUGAAAACGUUGUUUAAAUGUAAAGUAAGUGUUUGGAUUUUAACUUCAUACCAAGCUCUGUCAGUUUUUUUGUCUCAAUAAAACUUUAGAUUUAUAAUCCUGA